CAUACUGCUGUCUGCACUCUCCGUAUAAACAAUUAAACACUCAAAGCGCUCAAAGCCAUCAUGCUUUUGUCAACAUGUCAAAGUCGACGAGCCCGUAAAAGAGUGCAUGAGAAUCAACUGACACACGAAAGAUAAGAUUUGCUGAACAGAUUUGUCAAAUGGAAUGACAAAUGACAAAACUGCCGUAGCACCAUUAAUAUGAGAACUCGCAACUUGUUUUGUUGUAAAACUUGUUCCAUAGAGUAGAUGCGAGAUACUUGGAAGUUUAUCGUCGUAGAUUGAUGUGAUACGUUUUUCGUGAUUUCAAACCAGCAACUCAACAUGCUACCUGAAAAAAUAGAAAUAUCUGUGAUACCUCAGGAUUUAAGACAUGAGGAAACAAUUGUACAAAUUGCGGAAACUCUGGAUGACUUGAAUUUUGCGGUGAACCACAUAUUUGAUUCUUUGAACAAAAAAAUUGCAGAAAACACUAAAAGGCUUGAGGAUAUACAUAAUCGAGCUGCAAAGGCUCAAGGAAAGCUAAAUUAUCUUCAGACAAAUUUAAACAUGAAAGCUGUAAAACUGUACUCGGCAGCAAAAUAUCCAGCAGCUCACACUUACCGUGAGUACGAACUAGCUAUAAAACCCAAGAUGAGAAGAGAAAUCAAGCCCUAUGAAAUUUACAAGAGUCCAGUUCCAAUCUCUGACAAAUUAGAAACUCCAUUAACCAUGAGUAGCAAAGUAGAAAAUGGACAGUAUGCCAGCAGUGCUAACAUGCAAGAAAAAUUGCAGUUUUAUUAUGUCAAGUCAACUAGCUCAACAAAUGAUCAUGAAACUGAGAAAGAUCAAGCCAGGCUUAAUGUUUCAUCUGUUAGUGCUCUAUUGCUGUGUAAUAAAAAAGAUUAUCGGAGUCGUGUUAAGAUACAAUCUACUGAAAACGAUAAUAAAAGCAAAAUUGAAGAUGCACCAGAUUCCAUCUUACAACCUUGGCAUUCUUCUGAAAUGGAAUCUCCAUCAAAUUACAUGUAUGCUCCAACUUUAGGAGAGGUGCCGCUAAUCGACGUUCCUCUGUCUUUACCCGAUUUGCCAGGAAUCGUGGAUGACGAGCGCUUUGUUCUCGAUCUAAACUUUCAGAGUCCCAUAGCACCAUCCUCUGCAGUUGCCACACCGACCACUCGUAAGGAUCCACCAACAUUAGGAUCAACAGAAGAGCAAGACUCGUUUAGAAAACUACAAACUACUGGUACUACAGUUCCAAAAGCUUCAACAUCGAUAGAGCCAUCCCCAAAACCUGUUGUACUCACGCCACCAGUUCCUGUUCAGUCGAAAGUAGAGGCUCCAGCACCAAAAGAGUCAACUCUGGAUGCGCCCAGUCGACUGGAUGCACCUCCACCACCUCCACCACCACCACCACCUCCUCCUAGUUCACCACCUGAGUCAGAGGAACUAAUAAAACAAAACAAAGAAGCUUUGAUAAAGCCAGCCUCCGCGAAGAUUCCAAUUCCGGGCGAUAGAAACAAUCUUAUGGCUGCGAUCCGAGAUGCUGGAGGUGUUGGCAAAGCCAAGCUACGACACGCCACCCCGGUUGAUAAGGCCAACGAUCGGUGGUCAUCAGCUUCCGUAGGCAAUGAUCUCAUGGCCGAUUUACAUGCCACUCUGGCUUUACGACGAAGGGGAAUCGCUGGAUUAGCGACAAAUCCUCUAGUGAGGCUCUCGAGCAUGAUACCACCACCACCAAAACCUAGUGACUCGUCUGAUCGCAACUCUGCGACUAGCGAGUCCCAGGACGACGAUGGCUGGGAAGAGUGAAACAGAGUUUUUGAUCAUGGACUAAUAACGAAAGGGCGGUUGUUU